CAGGGCCGAGCAAUGGCGGCGCUGGCGGGGAGGUUGCGGCCAAUCCUCUGGCGCUGGAGGCGGCAUUGGCCUGAAAGCAGACUAUUCUCCACCACCAUCCAGAGAUACGUUCAUCCUUCCUUGUGUUCAACUUCAAGAUGUGUAGAAAAAGCAAUGUUUGUGAUUCCAUCUGGUCCAUGGUUUGCCACGGCACGAUUCAUGGCGAUACAGACCCAGGACACACCAAACCCCAACAGUUUAAAGUUUCUUGCUGAUCGUCAAAUCGUAGCAUCGGGGAGUGUGGAUUUCCCAAAUGUCAGUGCAGCUCAUUGCUCACCUCUUGCCAAGCAGCUAUUCCAAAUAGAAGGGGUGAAAAGUGUGUUUUUUGGCCCUGAUUUCAUUACAGUAAAUAAGGAAAGUGAAGUGGAAUGGAACGUGCUUACACCUCAAAUUUCAGCUGUCCUUGUAGAUUACUUUGCUAGCGGUCUUCCGUUAAUAACAGAUAUACCACAAUCUGAUUCUGUUUCUUCAGAGGGAAGCGAGGAAGAUGAUGAAGUGGUUGCAAUGAUUAAGGAACUACUGGAUACAAGAAUAAGGCCUACUGUGCAGGAGGAUGGAGGAGAUGUCAUUUUUAAGGGUUUUGAAAAUGGCGUUGUGAAGCUGAAAUUGUCAGGUUCUUGCACUGGUUGCCCUAGUUCCGUUAUUACGCUGAAAAGUGGAAUCCAAAAUAUGCUGCAGUUUUACAUUCCUGAGGUUGAUGAGGUGAUACAGGUCCAAGAUGAAAUAGAUGAAGCCAACAUUAAAGCUUUUGAAGAAUUAGAGAAGAAGCUAAAAGAUAUGUAAACUGAUCACCUGCAUUUUUCAAAAUGAAUACUGUGAAUUUAUCAAAAUUCUUCUGUGAUGACAAUUAGAUUUGAUUCGAUGUUGCUGAGCCCCUCAUUGUUUUUUUAAGUGUAAUGCAUCUUACAGGAAAUAUUGACAGUGGCACAAAUUGGCUGUGUGCAAUUGGUUGCUUUUCUCCCUGUAGUUUUGCAUCUCUUUUUUUCUAACUUUUUUGCACUUUGUCUAACGUCUGAGUGAAAGAAGAUAGAUAGAUUCCACUCCUGUACUAGCUUGUGGGAUCAAUGCUGACCCCUGGUUGCACCUUGAUAUACUUUUGUUAUGAAGGGAACAAAGCAUUGUAAUAUAUUUUUUCCCCAAAUCUCCUGUGAGAUAUUAAACCUAAUCUGUUUUGGGUCAUUCAUGUGCAUCAUGAUUAAUGUUUGGAUCCAAUGCCAUUCACUGUUGUGAUAAUAUAUGCACGGAAGUCACAGUGAUACGAGCUGAGCAUUUGGAUAACGAUUUGACCAUUAAUAUCCGUGCUCUGAAAUGUGUUACUAUUCCUUAUGCACUGUCUACAAAAUAUUUGACAUUUUCCUUGUUAGGCCCUGAAGCCAACACAACAAGGAAGUUCAAGCUUUGCCCUGUUUGUACUCAAAGCUUAAAAUAUUGUGGUUAACCAUCAAUAUGGUGCGGCAGUAUUUUGGAGAAGAUGACAUUGGCUACCCCAUCAAAAACAAAAUAGAUGAAUCACCACAUAAAAUGAGAGAGCAAGUGCCAUGCAAGGAAGAUAUAUAAAAUGUAGUCUUACUGGCAUUGUGUACAUGUAAAGUAAAUACAAUACCUAUUUUUUGAUGGAUGAAAAAUUUAUUUCUGUAAAAGGCAAGAAUGUUUCAUGUAAAUAAGUUAAAGAAAAUUAGCAAUUUGCAGUGUUUAAUAAAAUUAAUUUUUGGACACUAAGCUCUUGAUAUUUUUAACCAUCUGCUCGAUGUUUUUGGCUGUAGAUUACAAAUAUGCAGAAGGAGUAAACCAUUAAGUAUGUUUGUUACAAUCCAACUAAUAGUUUACAUUGAAAAUUAUUCUGCUUUUAUUACAAAGAAACUCUCUAGCUAAAUAUCCUUAUUAUCCAUUUGUGUUUAGUGUUUUAUUUCAGGUUAGUGGAACAGUCUCCAUCUUGCUGUUACAUAUUUUUCUAAGUUAUAAAUAAAGCUUUUUCAACUUAACAGCGCAACAGCCUGUGUAGAGUCUAGCUCCUGUUUGAUAGGUACGGUGGUGCUUCGAAACAACUUUGUCGAAUUGAAAUUAAAGAUCACUUGAGCUGGAGCGAACAUUCAAUGCUGAUAGCAGUGUUGAAGUUUUAAAGUGUUCAUAAUGCCCAAACUACUAUUGACUGUGCAAUACCUUGUUUUCAUAUAUUGUAAGUAGUGGCAAAGCUUGAAAGUAAAAGUUGUAAAAAAGAAUGUAUACUGUUAUUGUUGAAAUAAAUGAGUUGCAGCUACAA